AUGUCCUGGCUCAAGUUACACAACCCUACUAUAGACUGGCCUAAUAAGCGUAUCACUUUUAAUUCUCAUUAUUGUAACAACACUUGUCUUUCUGUUUCUAAUUCUAUCCUGGGAAAUGUUGGUGGGACUUCUAACCACCUUGAAGGCAUACCAGAAGACUUAGGAGGUGUCGAGGUAAUUGAACCUCUUGAAGGCAUCCCUAGGGAAACUGGAGGUACUGUGGAUUCUCCACUUGAAAGUAUCCCAGUGACGGAACUGCCGCCGCACCGUCCUUUUGAUUUAGGGAUUGAGUUAAUUGAUCCUGAUAAACCUGUUAAGGCUAUGGUAUACCCCUUGAAGGCAUCUGAUGAUGAGGAACUUAGAAAACUCCUUAAAGAACAAUUGGACAAAGGAUUGAUUUGUCCAUCCAAAUCCAAAUAUGGUUCCCCAGUUCACUUUGUCAACAAGAAAAAUGGGAAAAGGCGUAUGGUUGUGGAUUAUAGAUCCCUAAAUGCAAAUACAGUCAAGAAUGCGUACCCUCUACCUCUAAUACAGUCUCUCAUUGAGAAACUAAGGGGCGCAAAAUACUUUUCCACCAUUGACCUGAAAUCUGGAUACAACUUGGUCCGGAUAAGGAAGGUGAUGAAUGAUGAAUGGAAGACUGCGUUUAAAACCAAAUAUGGCCUGUUUGAAUACCUAGUCAUGCCCUUUGGGUUAUGCAAUGCUCCUGCUGCGUUUCAGCACUUCAUGAAUGAUAUUUAG